ACUACAUAGGGAAUAGGUUGCCAUUUGGGAUGUAAUCUUGCUCUGUAGCGCGAGAGACAGCUAGUAGGAAGUGCAGCCCUGUUGCCUCUCCACUCAUCUCAUCAAUGCAGCUUUCAUUCUGCCUCAGAGGGCCAAGAUGGAGGCUGUACAAAAGGACCACUGGUACUUCAUGGUACUCCUCAUCUUUCUCUCCAGUCUCGAAGUUUCUGUGCAGCAGAGAGAUGGUGUUACCACGGUGAAGCUUAAGGAGGGGAUGGUUCUAGAGUGUGUGUGUCCAUGGGAAGGGAACCUCAGCAUGGUCUCCUGGACCAAACUGAUCCGGUUUGAGAAGGCCCCUGUAGCUGUGUAUCACCCUGAGUACGGAGUGUCCAUCUCCCAGUACUACCAGACCAGGAUCCAGUUCCAGAAGACCACACCCAUGGAUGGCAGUAUCACCAUCAGUAAGGUCACCCAGGAGGACGCAGGGCUCUACCACUGCUCUGUUCAAACCUUUCCUAAAGGAUCCUGGGCGAGAGACAUACGGGUGGAGGUGGAGGACACAGGGACUGUGGAAGAGGAUGGUGCAGGUAGUGAAGCAGAUGGAGAUACUAACAUCCACACCAGAGAACCUGAGCCUGAGGUAAUCCAAGCAGACACUGAACUCAUCGCAGAGAGGAGCGAAAACCUGACUAUCAGCUGCAACCACGAACAUAACGGGACCGUGUAUGAGGUCACAGUCGAGAAGCUAGACCAUGGUAGCACCAGUGGGGUGGGCAUCAUGGCGAAGUGUCGGCUGGAGAAUGGUGGUCUGUUUGGAGUAGACUACACACACAGGGGGAUAGUGAACUGUUCAGAAAGACUGGACACACGUCUGCAGCUCAAUGAUGUGGGCGAGGAAGAUGGAGGGUUAUAUAGAUGUCUCUUCAAUACGGACGCUGGGGUACAGACCACCACUGUGCUGCUGACUGUACUUAGCCCAGUUGAAUUCAGCCUGUCUGAGUAUCUAAUCUACAUUGGAGGGGGAGUGUCAGGACUCCUGCUGCUGCUCUCUGUCAUUGUAAUGCUGGUUGUGUGGCAAAGAAAGAAGAAGAUGAGAGCGAAGUACAUAACCAAACUGCAUCCAGCUCAGAGACGGUCCUGCAACGACUAUGAGAACGUUCCUGUGUAUGACAGGAUGAGGAAGGGGACCAAUCAGAGAGGAGAUAGCCCAGUGUACGGCAACAUACACACCGUACGUUCGCACACUAAAAGGAAGAGAUAGGGAGAAGUACUGUGUUACAGACCCCUGUCUGACCCCUAUCAUGCUGUAACAGUGGCACAGCCACAGUCUCCCCAUUGAAACAUUCAAGAAUAUGAUAUUCAACCGCUUAUAGUGUUCAAAGACUGUGGGACAGAAUCAUUCAUAUAACUGCAAAGUAGGCCAACUUCAAUUAAACUACGUAUCAGUCUGACUUACACUUUGUUUGCUCUCAAUCUAUGCAACUCUGUGUAUUCCCUUGAAACAUUGACGGUUUGUUUAGAGAUACAUUUGCCACUAAUAAUAUGUAAAACACUCAUGUUGUAUAAUAUAUUGUUGAAGGCUUUACAUGCAGUAAUACCGUCCCAUAACAAACUGUUAUUAAAAGCCUCCCAGCUUCAUUCAAUUCCUUAGUUAUCCCUAACUCAAUCGUGUGACAAUGAACAAACCAAUCAUGCUGUUCCAUCCCCUGGGAAUGCUGUGUUUUCCUGUUGUAGUUACACAGAUUGGGUCCUGUAGGUUCUUAUGGAAUGCUGUGUUUUCCUGUUGUAGUUACACAGAUUGGGUCCUGUAGGUUCUUAUGGAAUGCUGUGUUUUCCUGUUGUAGUUACACAGAUUGGGUCCUGUAGGUUCUUAUGGAAUGCUGUGUUUUCCUGUUGUAGUUACACAGAUUGGGUCCUGUAGGUUCUUAUGGAAUGCUGUGUUUUCCUGUUGUAGUUACACAGAUUGGGUCCUGUAGGUUCUUAUGGAAUGCUGUGUUUUCCUGUUGUAGUUACACAGAUUGGGUCCUGUAGGUUCUUAUGGAAUGCUGCAAUGUUAUGUUAUCAUGGAAUUGUUCACAUGUUAAUUCAGCAAGAUUAUGAUAGUAAAUGGAAAUAUACUGUACUAUUGUAUUUUUUCUAUAUCUAAGCCAUUAGAUUAAAUAUUUCUUCUCUUUCUAGCUGUAGAAUCUAGAUGAAUGCUGUGAUUAGAAAUUCUUCUGACACUGUUGGACAAAAAUGCAAUUCUAUUCCUAGCUGAGAAUAAAAUGGAGGUCUUGGGAAUGAAAGAUGUCUGGGCUCUCAGCAAGAAGAGGAAGAGGAGGAUGCAAAAAAUGAAAGAAUAAUGGACAAUUUACAUUCGGAAUACAGGGUUUUAGUCUUGUUAAUUUAUUAAGCCUAAUUGUCUGCGUCGGUACAAUAGGUGCUGAUACUGUGUUUCUCUGUGACUUUAAUGACCCCAUGUGGACUAAAUAACACCUACUCUACUGUGACAUGAGUUGGUCUCUUCCAGGAGUGUUUGGCCGGGAUUCAAUCAAAGGUGUGUUGUAAACAAGGCCAUUGCACUUGACUUUUGAAGGUAAUUGACGCAUGUGCCGACAUCCGCAGCGCUUGCCAUGAAUGUGAUCUCCGCGAAUGUCUGGAACAUUGACUUUUAAAGCAUAUUGCAAUUUGCUUCUCUACAAUGCGCUUUUGUUUGAACCCCUGCCAUAAGCAACUGCAUUUAGCCCUGUUGCAUGUUGGUUAAAUCGGCACAGAAAUGUAUUGUCAUAAAAAAUAAAUAAAAUAAAAACAUCUUUAUACCUUGACAA